AUGUCCAAGAAGGGCUCGGGCAGCCGCGCCCGGGCGGAGGAGCUGGACGCCUUGGCUGCCCUGCAGGCUGCCAACGAGGAGCUCAGGGCCAAGCUCACCGACAUCCAGAUAGAGCUCCAGCAAGAGACGCCCGCAGUCAGCAAGUUGGAAAGAGAGAAAAAUCAGGAGGUUAAGCAGAUCAGAGAGCACGAACAGCACAAGAGCACAGUGGUGGUAACUGAGCUUAAAGUCAAACUUCAUGAAGAGAAAAUGAAGGAGCUCCAAGCUGUUCGAGAAGCACUUCUGAGGCAGCAUGAAGCUGAACUGCUUAGAGUAAUAAAAAUUAAAGAUAAUGAAAUCCAGAGACUACAGACCCUUCUCAAUGCUGUACGGGAUGGGGGUCCUGACAAGAUGAAAACGGUGCUGCUGACAGAGGCAAAGGAGGAAGCCAAGAAGGGGUUUGAAGUUGAGAAAAUAAAAAUGCAGCAAGAAAUUUCAGAGCUGAAAGGGGCUAAGAAACAAGUGGAAGAGGCUUUGACUGUGGUCAUCCAGGCUGACAAAAUUAAAGCUGCAGAGAUAAGGAGUGUGUAUCACCUGCAUCAAGAGGAAAUCAGCAGAAUUAAAAGGGAGUGUGAGAGAGAAAUUCGUAGACUGAUGGAGGAGAUUAAAUUUAAAGACAGAGCAGUCUACGUGCUGGAGAGAGAGUUAGGGGUUCAAGCCGGGCAUGCUCAGAGACUGCAGCUCCAAAAGGAGGCUUUAGAUGAACAACUUUCCCAGAUCAAAGAGUCUGAUCGGCAUCUGAGCAGCCCCAAGCGGGAACUUCCUUAUGCAAGUGGUGCAGGAGACGCUUCAGAUCAUUCGGGAAGCCCCGAACAGCAGCUGGAUGAAAAGGAUGCCCGGCGUUUCCAACUGAAAAUCGCCGAGCUGAGCGCCAUCAUCAGGAAGCUGGAGGAUCGGAACGCGCUGCUGUCCGAGGAGAGGAACGAGCUGUUAAAACGGCUUAGAGAAGCUGAAAGUCAGUAUAAGCCCAUUUUGGAUAAAAACAAACGCCUUAGUAGGAAGAAUGAAGAAUUGUCACAUGCCUUACGUCGAAUGGAAAACAAACUGAAAUUUGUAACACAGGAAAACAUAGCAAUGAGGCAAAGAGCUGGAACAAUCAGGAGACCAAGCUCUUUAAAUGACCUCGACCACAGCCAGGAAGAAAGAGAAGUUGAUUUCCUGAGGCUGCAAGUCAUUGAACAACAAAAUCUCAUUGAUGAGCUCUCCAAGACCCUGGAAACUGCUGGAUACGUGAAGAGUGUCAUGGAGCGUGAUAAGCUGUUAAGGUUUAGGAAGCAAAGGAAAAAGAUGGCAAGAAUUCCUAAGAAGCCGGUUGUGGAGACGUUUUUUGGCUACGAUGAAGAAGGUUCCUUGGAGUCUGAUGGCUCCUCUGUCUCCUACCAAACUGACCGGACAGACCAAACCCCUUGCACUCCUGAAGAUGACUUGGAAGAGGGCAUGGCCAAGGAGGAGACGGAGCUGCGGUUCCGGCAGCUGACGAUGGAGUACCAGGCCCUGCAGCGCGCGUACGCCCUGCUGCAGGAGCAGGUCGGAGGCACGUUGGAUGCAGAGCGAGAAGUUAAGACACGUGAGCAGCUCCAAGCAGAAAUACACCGCUCCCAGGCCCAGAUAGAAGACCUGGAGAAGGCUCUUGCACAGCAGGGGCAGGACAUGAAGUGGAUUGAGGAGAAGCAAGCGUUGUAUAGAAGAAAUCAAGAACUGGUAGAAAAGAUAAAACAAAUGGAAGCCGAGGAAGCUCGCUUGAAACAUGAUGUCCAAGAUGCCAAGGAUCAAAACGAGCUCCUGGAGUUCAGGAUCUUGGAGCUUGAAGAGCGGGAGCGCCGGUCGCCUGCCAUCAACUUCCACCACGGCCCCUUCACCGAGGGGAAGAGCCCUCUGCAAGUCUACUGUGAGGCAGAAGGUGUAACAGACAUAGUAGUAGCAGAGCUGAUGAAAAAAUUGGACAUUUUAGGGGAUAACGCCAAUCUGACCAAUGAAGAGCAAGUAGUUGUCAUACAAGCAAGGACAGUUCUCACCUUGGCUGAAAAGUGGCUGCAGCAGAUCGAGGUGACCGAGGCUGCGCUGCAGCAGAAGAUGCUGGACCUGGAGAACGAAAAGGAGCUGUUCAGCAAGCAGAAGGGGUACCUGGACGAUGAGCUGGACUUCAGGAAACAGUCCCUGGACAAAGCUCACAAGCAAAUUCUGGAAUUAGAAGCCAUGCUCUAUGAUGCCCUGCAGCAAGAAGCUGGAGCCAAAAUUUCCGAACUUCUUUCAGAAGAGGAGAAGGAGAAGCUGAAGGCGGCGGUGGAGCAGUGGAAGCGGCAGAUGAUGGGCGAGCUGCGGGAGCGGGACGCCCAGAUCCUGCGGGAGAGGAUGGAGCUCAUCCAGCACGCCCAGCAGAGAAUUAAAGAGCUAGAAGAAAGAAUUGAAGGCCAAAAAAGACAAAUAAAAGAGUUAGAGGAAAAGUUUUUAUUUUUGUUUUUAUUUUUCUCUUUAGCUUUCAUUCUUUGGUCAUAG